AUGAAUACUUCAAGCUGGAGACGUUUGAACGUGGCCGUUAUAGGCGGUGGAAUCGGUGGCAUGUCAGUCGCUAUCGCCCUCCGUCGAGCAGGCCACGAGGUAACGAUAUACGAGAAGUCCGAUUUCGCAGGCGAAGUGGGCGCCUCUGUAUCCUGUGCCGCGAAUGGAACCCGCUGGUUACAUGAGUGGGGUGUUGAUGUUGCGAAGGGAGAUCCUGUUGUAUUGAAGAAGCUGAUCAAUCGAGACUGGAAGACUGGUGAACCGGUUAGCGUUUAUGAUCUGGAUGAUUAUGAAAAGCGCUGGGGAUAUGUGUACAACAUGUUUCAUCGUCAGUAUAUGCAUGCUAUGCUGAAGGACUCGGCUUUGUUGGAUGAAGGGGAGGGAAUUCCGGCCAAGCUGCUGGUAAACCACAAGUGUCGUGAUAUUGACAUGAGAACCAACACCAUCACCUUUGAAAACGGCGUCACAGCUCAACACGACCUGAUUAUCGGCGCUGACGGCAUCGGCUCAGCAGUACGAGGUAUCCUGGGUAUUCGACCCGAGAAAAGACCCUCUGACUCCAGCUGCCUACACACGAACGUUGACGCCGACGAAGCCGCAAGACUGGGUCUUACAAACUACUCCCAAGACAGUGCACUGGAGUACUGGGGCGGCCAAGAAGGGAAAUGGGACAAAAUCGUGCUAUCACCCUGCAACGGCGGGAAACUGCUCUCAUACUACUGCUUCUUCCCUCGCGAGCAAGGUGACUUCUCAACACAAGCCUGGGGCGCAGAGGGUCGACCAGUCGAGGAUCUACUAAAGCCGUAUCCCCAACUCGACCGACAAGUCUUCAAGCAUCUUGAAAUUGGAAAGGAGAUUCAGCCUUGGAGACUUUGGGUCCAUGAUCCUUAUCCUUAUAUCCAGAAGGGCAAAGUUUGUCUUUUGGGUGAUGCUGGACAUCCCAUGAUGCCGCAUCAGAGUCAGGGAGCUUGUAUGGCGAUCGAGGAUGCGGCUGCAUUGGGUAUCCUGUUUAACAAGAAGUACUUCAAUGGGGAUGUUGUGGAGUCUUUGGCGGUUUAUGAGACCGUUCGUCUUCCUCGUGUGACUCGUGUGCAAGCUGCAGCUGCAAAGGCAGCGUAUAACAUUAAUGAGAGAAUUGGAUUCUCUGUGAACAAGGAUACACCCACUUACAAGGUGGAGGAUCCUAAAAAGGUGCUCACUAUUGAAGAGAUGAAUGCCUAUGACAUGUACAGAGACGUUGAAGAGAAACUGGCCACAGUACGCGGCAGAAAGUACGAGGACAAGUUCAUCUGCGGAUUACCGAUCGGGAUGGAACUGCCUAGUGGCAUUAUUAUUGGUGCAAGUGCCUGA